AUGAUAAGAUCAUCAUUUGAUGAAACAAUUCAUGUGUGGAACUCUUAUGUACGCUUUGAACACUAUGUACGACGAAUGACAUCAUUAAUUGGUACUGUUAGUAGAUCACGAAAGUUGAUCAAAGACGAACACAAGAGAAAAGAAAAAGAAUGUAUUGAUGCUAUUUCUGCAGCCGAUAAAUCAAAGACUAAAUAUAACCAUUUGUGUGAAGACUUGGACCGUUUGAAAACAUCUGAUCCAAAUAAGAAAUCAUUCAGUUUAAAGAAUAAGACCAUUGAACAACAAGAAGACGAAUUAACAAGAAAAGUUGACACUGCAGAUCAAGAAUAUAAACUGAAAGUACAAAUCUGUAAGAAAUUAAAGGAUGAAAUCUUAGUCAUUCACAGACCAAAUAAUACCAAGAAGUUGAAGAACUUGAUUUUGGAAUUGGAUAUAGCAUUGAAUUUGCAAUUGCAAAAAUAUGCAACUUGGUGUGAAAAUUUGAUCAUGAACUCGGGUGUUUUGAUCAGUCCUUUGCAAUCAAGCAAAUCUUCAAUGAAGGCAAUGGCCAGUUCUAUUGAUAACGAAAAGGAUUUAUAUCAGUAUUUGUUGUCGAAUGGAAAGACACUGAAAAACAGUCUGUUGAUACCUGUUGAUUACACCAUCCAUCCCUCCUUAGUAAAAACUAAAGAUAUUGGUAAACCGUUCUUGAACACUACUAAUACCCCAACAAACUUGAAGAAUGCAGCUGCCACCAAUAGAUGGAACAACAAUAAUAGCAACAACCACAACACUGCAGCAUCAUCAACAGCUACAUCAGCAAGUCAUGCAAAGAAAUCAAGUGUCUCUUAUGGAUCAGGAUCGGGAUCCAUGGUUGGAGCAGCUCUUGGGACAGCUUCAGUUGGGUCUUCAACGCUUGCAACUAGCAGAAGCAAUGAGAAUAAUGAUAUGUUUAGUUCAUCAACAUCCAACACCGCAACUCCUUUGCCACCUCUUCCAGGUCAAUAUUCCUCCUUAGAUCCAGGCUCGAGUCAACCACCAACUCCACAGAUGAAUGGUCCAAAGGCGUUGUCAACUUUCCUGCAGCCAACAUUUGGUGUUUCUAUUGAAGAUGUUAUACAAUUUGCUGGUGUCGAUAAUGUUCCAUUAGUGGUUCGUAAAUGUAUGGAAAUUAUUGAAUCAUAUGGUAUUAACCUCGUUGGUAUAUAUAGAAUCAGCAGCAACCAAGGACAGGUUAACAAGUUAAAAGACGCUAUCGAUUCCAACUUUACAAACUAUUUGAUGAUUGGAAAAGAUAUUGAUCCAAAUAAUGUUUAUGAAAAUGAAGUAUUCACAGUUGCAAGUUUAUUGAAAUUAUACUUUUCAAGUUUACCUGAACCUUUGGUGACAAAUGCCGCAGCAAAAUCAUUCAUCGAAACAGUUAAAUCAACUGAUGAACACUUUAUUGCUAAGAAAUUACAUCAAUUAGUGUUUGGAUUACCAGAUGGUGCAUAUUUCACGUUGAGAGCUUUGAUGUUUCAUUUGAACAAGAUUGCUGAGCACGAGAGUGAAAACCGUAUGAAUGCAAAAUCGCUUGCUAUAAUUUGGGGUCCAGUAAUUUUCAAUGACGAAUCGACCAGUGCUCAAGAUUUAAGUUACAAGAGUAAAGUGGUUGAAGAGUUAAUGAGUAUAGCCAACGAUAUAUUUGAGCUUGACGAAUAG